CUCCUCCUGCAGCCAACCCGCUGCUGCCGGGGCCUCCCCACCACAGACUCAUCCCCGACCACCCUCCCCUAGCUACCCAGGGCCCCCCAGCCCCCGCUUCCGGGAGUGCCGGGGUCUCCGCGGCGCUGGCUCCGCCCCGGAGGACCCGCCCCCGCGCCGUCCCUCCCGGAAGCGCCGGCACAGCUUCCCUGCAUGGAGCGCGAGUCGCGCGCUUCGGAGGCUCCCCCCGCAGCCGCCGCGCUCUUCGCCUGGGGUGCAAAUAGCUAUGGGCAACUUGGCCUUGGCCAUAAGGAAGAUGUGCUUUUGCCCCAGCAGCUGAAUGACUUCUGUAAAUCCAAGUGCAUCAGGAGGAUCACAGGAGGAGGCGGCCAUUCUGCAGUUGUCACAGAUGGAGGAGGCCUUUUUGUGUGUGGCCUGAACAAAGAUGGGCAACUGGGACUUGGUCACACAGAGGAUGUUCUCUAUUUUACCCCCUGCAAAUCCCUCCUUGGUUGUCCCAUCCAGCAGGUGGCCUGUGGCUGGGACUUUACCAUUCUACUCACAGAAAAUGGUCAAGUUCUGUCAUGUGGCUCCAACUCCUUUGGCCAAUUAGGAGUUCCUCACGGACCUCGAAGAUGUGUGAUUCCCCAGCCCGUUGAGCUCCUGAGAGAGAAGGUUGUCUGUGUUGCUGCUGGGCUGAGACAUGCGUUAGCCGCUACAGUAAGUGGCAUGGUGUUCCAGUGGGGGACUGGUUUGGCAUCAUCUGGACGACGGUUGUGCCCUGGGAAGACUCUCCCCUUGUUCUUGACAGCAAAGGAGCCAAGCAGAGUGACAGGCCUAGAGAAUUCCAAAGCAAUAUGUGUUCUUGCUGGCUUGGAUCAUUCAGCUUCAUUAAGUGAUGCAGGAGAACUGUAUGUUUGGGGAAGCAACAAGCAUGGGCAACUGGCUACCCAAGCUGCUUUCCUUCCUGUGCCUCAGAAAAUAGACGUGCAUUGUUUUCAGAAUGAAAAGGUCACUGCCAUCUGGAGUGGGUGGACACACCUGGUUGCUCAGACAGAAACUGGUAAGGUGUUUACCUGGGGCCGAGCAGACUAUGGUCAACUAGGGAGGAAGUUGGAAUCUUACGAUUGCUGGAAACCAGAAAAUCAGGAUCCAUCCCUGCCCUGCUCCAGACCAUGGAACGGCAUACCUUCGUCUCUGCAUUGUUUAAUGGGAGCGACUGAGGAUGGAGGACAAAGAGGUGACUGGGAAAUAUUUCUCACCCAAGCCCUGCCCCCUAGAAAUCAGGAUGAUGCCAAAAAGAGAAAGAGCUUGUGCUAGUUCAUUCUUCCUGUCAUUGGUGCCUGGCACGGACUGGAGAGGUAAGCAGAGCCACCCGAGAGGCCUGCCUUCUGCAGAAACUGUCACGUCAGAGCUGGGAUGGAAAAGAGUACCUCUGAAGACUGGAGAAAAGAUAUUUUAGUUCCUCAUUGUUCUUUCUCGGGCUUCUGUUUCCAUUCGCAGUGGCAGCAAGGUUGAGUUUUGGAGUAUCCCAACCCCAGCUCCUUCCCCUGCCAAUCCGAAUUGUGCCACUCCACAGGCUUAGAUUAGAGCUUGUUCAGUUGACUUCCUGGACAACUUCAGUUGCCCUUUCAAGUAGAAGCUGCUUGAAGAUAGGUGCCAUAUCUUAACUGGGGCUGCGCCUCACUACAGUAACGAUCAAAAAGCAAAGGAUUGAGAUUUGAUAUCGAAUUGAAUGGAAAUCUUCCUCAGAGUUUGACUCACUUAUUAGUAUUUGAUUGUUUUGCAACAUCUGAUUGUCUCGUGUGUGGUGUUCUUCCAGAGAAGAGUACACGAUGCUGCAGAAUGAGCACUGCGUCUUCUGCAUUUUGAAUAUCAUACCCUGUGCAGCAGGGAGUGAGAGGCUGGGUCCCACAGCAGGCACUUGGAGAAGCCCUGGAGGCUUCAACUCUACCCACUUGGAAGCAGGCUUGCAGAGGCCUGUCAUGGGAUAGCCAUGUUGGUUGCUAACAGAGUUGUGAUGUAUUAGUUCUGCGUUGAGAGAAACAAAAACAGAAUGCUGACUCCUCCAAUAGUCUCAGCGCGAGGGUCGUAGAAGUGUAAGUGUAUUUUUCAGUGUGCAUUGCUCCGUUCCUCAGACACCUAUUUAAGGGUAAGAGUACAGAGGCACGCGAAUGGUACAUUUCCCUUUGCACCUUUCAAGGUGAAAUUUCUGCAUGGGGACUUGUGGGAGCAGUUCCGUAGUUACUGCUGCACUAUGCAUUUAUCAUUUUGUCCCCUGGCACAUUUGCCAAGCUGCAUAUUUUCCCUGUUCCUUCCUAUGCUCACCAGCUCCAUGAUGAUACAUCUGGUAGCUGCAACCUCCGUGAGCAAAGUUUGUGGUGCAGUGGAAAGAGCAAUGUGUUAACUAAUGAUGACAGCAGGUAGCGUUCACCAAGUCUGGGUGCUUGCCAGGCUCUCUGCUAAGCAUUUUCUAAACACCGUUUCUUCCAUCCUCAUGGAGGCUCAGCAGAGUUGGGAUUAUUAUUCUUCAGUUUGCAGAUGAGAAGAGUGAGACUUGGAGGUGGUCACUUGUCCAAGUUCAUACGGCUAGUAAGCGACAGAGUUGCUGUAGAACCCAGAUCCUGCUGUCAAGCCUAUGUUAUUGAAUACCAGGAUUUCAUUGCGAAUUCUCUCUAAGGAACAUGGGACCAGAGCCUUUGCUUUCCUGGGCCUCAGCGUUCCUAGUCUGGUUAAAGAGAAAUCAUAGCAGUUUCUUCCAAGGUUCUAAGGCCAGUGCCGUUCUAGCUUGGUUAGCUACCUGGAGACUGAUUUCUUUUCAGAUUUGAGAUUUCGUUUUGUUUUGUUUUAUGGUGUUAGGCUAGCCGUUGUGUAUUAAUUCUACAGGAAUAAUGUUACAAUCAGGCAAUUAAGAAAAUACAUAGCCUAGAACAGUAGGGAUAAAUGCUGUUCAGUAGAACUUUUCCUAUGAUGAUGGAAAUGGCCUGUCAGGCCUGUACAGUUGCUGAUCCCCACAUGUGGCUGCUGAGUACUUGAAACAUGGCUCGUGUGGCUGAGGAUGCUGUUUUAAAUUCUAUUUAAUUUAAGUUACUUCAAAUUUCAAUACAAUAACCGUAUGUGGCUAGCAGCUAUUGUAUCAUACAGUGGAAAUAUAGAUAAAGUAUAGAUGGUUCCAUUCCAUAUUUUUUCUUUGUCUCUUACAUUCUAACAGGGUUUCUGAAUAUCAGGUUGAUUUUUCCAGAUGUAUUAUUGCACUUGUGUGGUGCUUUCAGCUUUCAGCACACUUAAACACACACUAUUACAUCAUUUGUUUUUUUUUUACUGCCUUUGAGGCAAUAGAAAAGAUGGAUAGUACUAUGUGCAUUUCUCAGAUAACUGAGGCACAAAGAAGUUAAAUAUACUACUAGGAGCUGAGUAAAUAUUAUUGCGUGAAUAAAAUGAGUUCUCUAAAGCCAUUUUUGGAGCAGUAGAACCAGGAUUGGAAACUUACAUCUUCUGAUUCUCAGCCAAAGUUUCCUUUAGUUUUCCCAUCACUGGAGUGCCAAGCAUAGAACAGAGAGACUCUGCUUGUUAGAUAAUUCUUUGAAUGUUAAGCAAGGGAUUUUUCCUAUCCAUUUUGUAACUUUCUUACUAUUAGAUCUCUUAACUGUAUAUGAUAUGAUCUUCAUUAUAAUAAUAAAAUGGAUACUUGGAAGUUUUAUGAAAUGUUAUAAGGCUGCAUAAUAGAACUGUUCCUAUUUUGUGAUGUGAAAACCCAUGCCAGAAGAGAGGCAGCUCUACUAGGUGGGAUCUGUGGUCAGAAGAGGAUUGAAUCCCAUCAUUUUUUUUUUCUUUUAUAAAGAUUUCUUUCUUUACCUGAAAGUCAGAGCUACAGAAAAAGGGGGUGGGGGAGGAGAGAUAGAGAGAGAGAGAGAGAGAGAGAGAGAGAGAGAAUGAAUGAAUAUGAGAGAGACAGAAUGUGGAUGCAGGGGUCCAAGCACUUGGACAAUCUUCUGCUGCUUUCCCAGGCCAUUAGCAGGGAGCUGGAUCAGAAGUGGAGCAGCUGGGAUACGAACUGGUGCCCAAAUGGAAGCUGGUGUUGCAGGCAGAGGGUUUACCUGCUGCACCACAGUGCCAGUCCC